ACACACACACACACACACACACACACACACACACACACACACACACACACCGAAAUACGGACUGAAAACCAAUUCUCUCUCUGUCUUUAUUGUUGUGGAGACAAACCUAGAGGAAUAAGAUGAGGAACAUGACAUUGAAUUUCUAUCUGCGUAUUACAAUCAUCAUCACCGCCUUCUUAGUCGUCGGGUUAGUUUUCCUUAGAAACUACACUCCCUACAGAAACAGCCGGCCAGACGUUCCUACGACGUCCCUGUGGUUAGCUCCGAUUGUGUGGGAUGGAACAUUUGAUGUGAAGAUGAUUGACAACAUUUACAAACCAAAGAACAUCACCGUGGCAACCACUGUCUUUGCUCUGGGAAAGUAUGUGCGCUUCCUGAAGGACCUCCUAGAAUCUGCGGAGCAGCACUUCAUGGUUGGCUACCGAGUGCAUUAUUACGUGUUUACAGAUCUCCCAGAUAAAGUUCCCGCAGUAACAAUGGGCGAGGGGCAUCGGUUGACCGUUAUAAAAACAGCGGGUUCGAACCGCUGGCAGGAAAUCUCGCUACGAAGGAUGGAGCUGCUCGAGAAGUUAAUUAAAAACGAACUUAUGAACAAGGUGGACUACAUAUUCAGCCUCGACGUUGACUCCAAAUUCUAUUCUCACUGGGGGGCGGAGUCUCUAGGCGACCUUGUUGGCGUGUUACACGCCUGGUUUUUCGGAUCGUAUCGGAAUAAUUUUCCGUACGAGCGCCGUCCCGAAUCUCAGGCCUACAUACCUUAUGAAGAAGGAGACUAUUACUACGGAGGUGCCGUGAUCGGGGGGCGCCCUGAGAAUGUGUACAAGCUGGCAAAGACGUGUCGCAUGCAGCUGGAUGUGGACCGAUCCAAUCAGAUCGAAGCGGCAUGGCAGGAGGAGUCUCACCUUAACAAGUACUUCCUGUACAACAAGCCCACCAAGUUGCUCUCACCUGAGUAUUUAUGGGACGACACAAAAUGGAAAUUCAACCACAUGAAAGUGGUGCGUUUUUCACAGGUGGUCAAGAACUAUGCUGAGAUUCGACCAAACCCUUAAUGUUCUAUUUUAUCAGGCUUUUUCUUUUUUUCCAGAUGAACCACUGUAAAAUAACUGGUUUAUGACCUCUUCCCAAUCACUGGUUUCUCAAAGAACUUUAGUGAAUUUGUUUAUUUUAUUUUAUAAUGAUCAUCUCUCAGGUUUCAACAAAACAAUGCCAGGAUCCAAUAUCAAAUCCGGACUUUGUCUUUAUCCUUUGUGGGACCAUGUAUUUGUGGCAGUUGUCCCAACUGUUAUGUUCUUUCCCAUUUUCUCUAAUGUUUCUUGUAAUCUUUUGACAAGAGUUUAUUUUAUCCUGAACAUUCUGCACUGACCAGUGUUUAAAAGGACAUUUCAUUUUAAUAUUAUUAUUGUUUUUAUAAGUUAAGUCUCAGGAUGUAGCAAUAGAGUCGUUAAUUUACCACCGAUUUCUAGUAUCAACCUGAAGAGAAUGUAAUAACAAUGUUGCUCAAAUGUUCUACGACACUCUGCCUCAUCCAGCAAUCAUUGUGUAAAGUUUUUUGCAUAAAUUUUUGCAUAAAAAAAACUGAAAAGCAAA